GAAGCAAUAAUUCCCUUCAUUCGGAGCUUCCCUUCUCUCUCGUUUCAUUCCUUCAGCCACCCACGUCAAAACAUUGAAAAAGUGACGUUUACAGAUUUUCAUGUUGGUGUAAUAAAAUUGCAAUAAAUUCGCCACGCAGCAUGGGAGAUACACCAGCUUCAGAUUCCGAGUCCAACAAACAAAGCCCGAAAAGCGAGGCUUCCCCUGAAGAGGGCCGGCGUCCGUUUGGCGGGCUAGAAUUUCAGGUUUCAGAAGUGGUAGGCCGGCUCGAGGCCGGCGUGAACGCCCAAGAUGUGGCGGAAGAGGAAAAAAAGCCGGAACCGCGUAAAAUCAGUGCGGGGUUCUUCGAGCCUGAUGAAAUGCCAAUGGAUGAGAUUUUGAAGGUUUUAGAGGAUCUGGUGUUGAAGACUGACACUAAUUGUGAGACUAUGGAGCCUCCGUUGCUGCCUACGGAUGCUGUGACGAGAGCGACGAUUCUGUCUCAUAGUAUAUCCGCGUUGUUUGGGAGGCUGGAUCGGUCUCACGCAGCGAGGCUCGGCGCACACAUAGCGAGUGAGACCACUCGCUGGAUGGCGCACAUGUUCAGACUGUCGGAUUACAACGCGUUCUAUCACCAUGAGCACUUGGAGGGCCUGGUUCGAGUCACACGAAUGCUCCUGCACCACAGAUACCCUCGCUAUUUGGAGGACGGAGCGCUGGCGUUCACAAACCGGCUGCCCUGCAUAUACAGCUGUGUGGCCAGUCCACUGGGCAUAGUGCAGCACCUCUGCAGACAGCUGGGUCUGCCGCUGGCCUGCGUCAGGCCUGUGCCGGUCAAUGCUGAUGGCAAGGGCAUGGACAUCGAAGCCCUAGAGCGCCUAUGCGACGAAGAUGUAACGGCCAACAAGACGCCCCUACUAGUGCUGGGCGAGGUGGGUGCCCCCCCGUUAGGCUGGGGGUCACCGCUCGCCACUUUGGGGGCCAUUUGCACUAAGAGGAACCUGCAUUUGCAUGUGAGGGGCCAUGCGUUGGCUUUGCCCGCUGCUAGCGGAAGAGAUCAGAGUUUCAGCAUAGCAGAUUCCGUCACACUAACUCCAGGGCCUUGGUUUGGAAUACCUGGACUGCCUACUGUUACAUUUUACAAAAUACCAGAAGCUAUCACUGCCAACGAUCACUCAAAAGCUGUUAGUUCGGUGGGUAGCAGGGAAGGCGCGCUAGCAGCCCUGGCAGGGCUGUCAGGCGGCGGCGGGCGUUUGCCGGCGCUGCCGUUAUGGACGUGCAUCCGAGCGGCGGGCGCGCGCCGGCUCACGCAGCGUUUGAACGCCGCGUUUAGAUCCGCCCGCGCCGCGCAUACGGUGGUGUCGCAGGCGCAGCUGAGGCUAUUGAGCGAUCGACCAGGCGGCGAUGAACCUCCUAAUGUGGACAUAGUCGAAGCAGUGAGCCAAGCGUCCGCGUGUGUAGCCUUCCAGUUUGCGCCGCCAGACGUGGAGAAGCCGCCGCCGUACUACGACAAGCUCAACUCCUGGCUUGGACAAGUGCUGCAGAGAGAGGCUGAGAUGCUAAGCAUAGAAGUCUGCGAAACAGAGUCCCACGGCAUAGUCCUCCGGUACUGUCCUUUAGAAGGCUCUUUGCUUGAAGAAGACAAAGUUGAAGCCUGGGCCGGCGAGCUAGAAGCACAACUACACGUGUUACACGCGACCGUGUCCCUCAGAGACCCCUUCCACCAAAGGGUUAACGAGCAUCCGUACUUGAAGUUGGUGCAUGUACCCGGCUGGGCUGGUCUAGGAGGAGUCCGGUUCGUGCCUCCAGGCUGGGAGGAAGCGUCGCCAGAUGACCUCAAUGCCCUCAACCGACAGCUGGUUGACACUCUACGCGAGUCAGACGGAGCCUUCUCUUGUGGGGACGGAGAAGACGGCAUGGCUUGUGUCAGAUUCGGCAUGGUGACAGCUGAUACGGACAUAGAGGAACUACUAGAGCUGGUGGCGACGGCCGGGCGAGAUGUGGAAGAGAGAUCGCGCGUGCUCACAGACAUGAGCGAAGUCGUCAAGAAAGGAAUCGAAGCAGCGCAAGCGGAUUUGGAGCGCGAAAGUGCAGAACGGCUAUGGCAGGAAGGGCUCCUUCGACGCGUGCCCGUGGUGGGCCGCGUGGUGGACUGGUGGUCGCCCAGCGCCGCGCCGCCGCCUAUUGGACGAAGACUACACCUUGGGCUGGGGACUUUGCAGACUACGGACGAUGUUUACAGAUUCGUCCAAAACAAAAAGCAAGAGGAACCGGAGGAGCCGGCGCGUGCCCAUUCUCCUUCCCGUCCGACGCAGCCGUCGCUGCCGGCGCAAUAGUACAAACCGUCCAUAUGCAUAUGGCACGGCUGACCGCGCGGUAUUCACGUCAAUAUGUAGAUAUGUAACGGCUAUUAUACAGGGUGGAAACGUUAAGUGAUCUCACUCGAUUAUUUCUAAACUAUACAGGG